AUGCUGACCGCGCUCGCCCGGCCAGCCCUGCCCGGCCUCCCAGGGCAGCUGCCUGCGGCCCCCGCCCGGCGUCAGGACUCCUCCGGUUCGUCAGGCUCCUACCACACGGCCCCGGGUUCUCCAGAGCCCCCGGACGCCGGGCCGGACGCGGAGUGCCGGGCGAAUUGGCCCGGGGUGGCCCCUGCGCUGGGGGCGGGCGCGCAGCCUCGCCUGUCCGUCAGCGCCCAGAAUAGCCGCCAGCAGCUCGGGCCCGGCUCGGGUUUCCCGCGAGGCCCGGGCUCCCGCCCGCGGCCACCCCAGCCCCAGCUGCGCAUGCUGCCGUCGGGGGAGAUGGAAGUCAUCUUCGGCGCCGGGGCUCUGUUCAGCCGCUCGGACGCGGCGGAUAGCGAGGUGCAACAACUCACCAAGCGGGCUUUCCGCAGCCUCUCUCCGCCCGGGCCCGCGACUCCGGCUCCCGCCACACCGACGCCCCAGACCCCCGACGGUGGCUCCCGCUGGGCCACUUACCUGGAGCUGCGGCCCCGCGGGCCGAGUCCUGGGACCCCAGCGCAGUUCGAGUGUGUGGAGGUGGCGCUGGAGGAGCGCGACGCGCCCGCUAGGACCCGGACGGUGCCCAAGCGUCAGAUCGAGUUGCGCCCCCGGCCCCGGAGUCCGCCGCGGGAGGCGGGAGCACCGCGCCCCCGACUGCUUCUGCGCACUGGCUCCCUGGACGAGUCGCUGGGCCGCCUGCAGGAAGCCGCGGGCCUAGUGCAGACAGCACUGGCCAGAAAACUGAGCCCUGCGGCCCCUGCCCCGGGCAGCGCCACCUUCGGGCCCACGGGGCGGCCAGAGUGUGCGACUCGGGAAACGGCCCGCAGUACCCGAAAGGUCCUGGAGGAGGCCAGGUCUCGGCCACCCCGCGUGCACUAUAGUUCAGCCCCCACCAGGGCACCACGGCCGUGGCCCAGCCUCCGAGAGCGCGCGAUUCGGCGCGACAAGCCCGCGCCGGGGACCGAGCCGCUGGGUCCGGUUAGUUCCAGCAUCUUCCUGCAGUCAGGGGAGAAGACUCAGGAGGCUCACAGUCAGGAACUCAAGACUCAGUUCCCGCGAGAGACUCUGGAUCGAACCGUCCUGAGGGCACAAAGUCCGCCUUUCGAGUCUACGGCCCCCCGGGAAGUUCCGAGUAAGGCUGGGAGACCAAGGAGCUCGUCCCCGCUGUGGCAGGCUCCAAAUGGGACGAUACGAGGUCCACACUGCCCGUCCCCCCAGAAUCUGCCCCCGUGGAAUCGGGCUAUUCGGAGGGUAAGUAGCCCGUCGUUCCCUGAGGCAUCAUCUGCAUGGGGAAAUCAGGAUGCCGCUGUUGAGGAAACUGUCCGCAGAAGCCCUUCCCCACCGACCCUUCCCCAAUGGAAUCACGGUGUUGCCAGGACAAGAAGCCCAUCCCCCGAAGCUCCUUCCCUAUCGGAGGUUCGGCAACCUGCAGUUAGGAAUGCCACAGCGAGCUGUAGGAACCCGUCCCCGCCGGCCCUGUCCUCAUGGGAGGCACCAGAUCGUACUAAUGGGACGUGGAACCCAUCUCCCCAAGAGACGUGGGAUCGCACACAGCAGGGCUCAUCGAUGGUAUCUGCGUCGGAAGCUCUGAAUGGGAUAGGACAAGAGGAGCUCGAGCUGCCUGGGCCGUCCGCAGCCGGGACUCCCGAGCUCACAGAGGCGCCGAGGCAGUCCACGCGGGAGAGGCGGGAUCUUGCCUUCCGAGGCAGUCAGCCGUCGCCAGAAGUGGCUGCACCUGAGCUGCGCCUCAGUCGCCCCGUGGGUACCCUGGAGGCCGAUGUGCACCGGGAAGCCUUGGGCCCGGGAGAAGCCGCCUCCGGACGGCCGCGCGUGGCCAUCCCGCGGCCCCGCGACGUGCGCAAGAUGGUGAAGACCACGUACGCGCCAAGCUUCUCCGCGGGAACCCCAGCUUUGGGGCGGCCUGUGCCUCCUGCGGAACCCCGCGGGGAGGAGGGCGGCGCAUCCAAGACACAAGAGUUCCAGGCGCUGGGGUCCCCAGCCCCAGCUCACUACACUUCUGUUUAUCUCAAGGACUUUCUUCCGGUUGUGACGCACCCCUACGAGCCCCCAGAGCCGCCUCCUGACCCAGUCCCCCGGGACGCUUCGCAGCCCAACGGGGUCCUGAGGCGGAGAGCAGAGAACAGCACGGCAAAACCCUUCGCGCGCACUGAGAUCCGCCUGCCUGGUGCACUGGUCUUGGGCCGCCGGCCAGAGGGAGCCGGGGGAGUUCUGGCGCGCGGUGCUGGCAGAGAGAACCGGGACGCUGAGGCCCAGGGCCUGGUCCCCGACGGCGAGGGGCGGAACAGCCCUCUAGGCGGCGCUCGCACCUCACCCCAGCAGUCGCCCAUCGGGCCGGCCGGGCCCCAACCACCCCGACCACCCUGCCCCAGCUCCCCUCAGGCGCACCCUAGCUCGAGCCCUGGGAUAGCGCCCAAAUUGGAGGCUCCCCCUGUAGCCCUCGAGCCUGCGACUGAGGUCCGGUCGUCUGUCCCGCGGGAGCCCCAGGCGUCGGCCCGCAGAACAGCCCCGCCCCAGCCCCGUGCCGCCUCGGCGCCUCCGAUGGACCGGUCCCCCGAAGGUUCCUUCCAGGGGGCGCGCAGGCCACCUGGGACCGCGUACGCUGGGAAGGUCCUGGUGGACCCCGAGAGCGGCCGCUACUACUUUGUGGAGGCGCCGCGGCAGCCUCGGCUACGGCUGCUCUUCGACCCCGAAAGCGGGCAAUACGUAGAGGUGCUGCUGCCGCCGUCGCCCCCGGGGCCACCCCGCCGCGUCUACACCCCGCUAGCCCCGGGCUCUGGCCUCUACCCGCCCGCCUAUGGGCCUAUCCCGGGCCUCUCAAUGCCGCCGUCCCCCGGCCCACAGGCCUUCAGCGGCCCCCAUGUACCCUGGGCCUCCGAGGCGGGGCCCCUGGACGGGAUGUACUACCUGCCAGUGAGUGGAACCCUCAGCCCCGCUCCUCCUCUGCUCCUCUGUGCUCCGCCCAACAGUUCAGGUUCAGCCCAGCCCGGCAAGGGGUCGUUGUUCCCCGUGUGA